CACAAUGGAGCGCCACUUUUGCGACGACGUUUGUGUUUUCACAUUUUGAUUAAACGUCUGCAUUUUACUGUGACUUUACUAAUGAUGUGGUGUCAAUACAUUAGUGCAUAUAUUAAGUAAUUACCGAAAGGUGAAACCCACAGUUUAUUGUGUCUGUGAUUGAAUAAAAAAUACUACCAACGUAAUCAUGGCGGAUCCUCUCAGUUUGCUUCGCCAAUACAAUGUAAAUAAAAAAGAAAUAAUUGAACGUGACAAUCAAAUAAUCUUCGGUGAAUUUUCAUGGCCUAAAAAUGUUAAGACGAAUUACCUUAUGUGGGGUUCCGGAAAAGAAGGCAGUGUCAAAGAAUAUUACACACUGGAAUGCCUUCUUUUUAUUCUCAAAAAUAUUAAGCUUUCACAUCCAGUGUAUGUUAGACAGGCAGCAGCGGCGAAUAUACCUGCUGUGCGUCGUCCAGAUCGUAAAGAACUACUGGCUUACUUAAACGGUGAAACAGCUACAUGUGCUUCAAUUGAUAAAAGUGCUCCUUUGGAAAUUCCCACUCAGGUAAAACGCACACAUGACCAUGAGGGUGGUGAGUCUGCUGCUAAAAAACCUCGAAUUGAGGAGACACAUGUCCAAAAAGUACGAGAGCAACUGGCUGCUCGUCUUGAUGCACCAAAAGAGGCUUCUGUCACAGUUGAUAAUAUCAAAUCCUUAUCAGAAGCUAUGUCAGUAGAGAAAAUUGCAGCAAUUAAAGCCAAACGUUUAGCCAAGAAAAGGACUACCAUUAAGAGUAAUGACUACUCUGAUACUUUAGGAGUAGUGGGGUCAGAUUUAAGAGCCAUUCUUGACUAUGAUGUUGAUCUUACUAAAGAUAUUAUCAGCCGAGAAAGGCAGUGGAGAACUAGGACAACAGUAUUACAGAGUAAUGGAAAAAUGUUUGCUAAAAGUAUAUUAGCUUUGCUGGGCAGUAUAAGAGCUCGUGAAGAGGGUAGACCGGGGAUACCAAGACCUCAACCAGUGGUAAUGCCACAACCAACUAAUAUUCCAGCACAACAAACACAAUAUAACAGAUACGAUCAGGAAAGGUUUAUUAGACAGAAAGAGGAGACGGAAGGCUUCAAAAUUGAUACUAUGGGUACAUAUCACGGCAUGACCCUGAAGUCUGUGACAGAAGGUCCAAGUGUUCCAGUUGCGGCUCGUGCUCCCCAAACCCCUACACACCCACGUCAAAUGUCUCAAAACGGGUCGAUGUCGAACAGUACCCCGGGUCGGCGCGAACUGUUGCCGGUGACAGCAGCGCGACCUCCGCCCGGCGCGGGGGGCAAACGGCCCUCACGCACCCCCAUCAUCAUCAUACCGGCCGCCGCCACCUCGCUCAUAUCCAUGUUUAACGUGAAGGACAUGCUGCAGGAGCUCAAGUUCGUACCAGUAGAACAGAAGAAAGCCGAGGGUGCAGUACGUGAAAAUGAAAUACUUCUGCAGAGAAGGAAAGGCGCUGGCGACAAUGUCCCCGCGACUAAUGCUACAACCACAACUGUGCCUUACCGAGUGGUAGACAACCCGGCUAGAUUAUCGGCCGCCGAAUGGGACCGCGUGGUGGCCGUGUUCGUUCAAGGCCCUGCCUGGCAGUUCAAAGGGUGGCCUUGGGACGGCAACCCUGUGCAGAUAUUUGCUAAUAUCAGCGCGUUCCACCUGAAGUACGACGAGAUGAAGCUGGACGCCAACGUGGCUCGCUGGGCGGUGACCGUGCUCAACCUCAGCCGCACAAAGCGGCAUCUUGACCGCGCCGUCCUGCUCGGCUUCUGGGAGACACUCGACAAGCACAUGAUGAAAAAUAAACCGCACCUAAGGUUUUAAGUCUGUUGUAGCUAUAUACAAAUUUUAUCUUAUAGAAUAUUAUAAUAGGGUGUGAAUAUCUAAAGCAUUUUCAAAAAGCAAAGCGAAUCUAAGUCAAUUCAUACCAUAUAAAGUAUACUUUGGCCAUCCAUUGAACAUCCCACC